AUCGUCUUUCUUACCGACCUCACCAGACGACGGUGAUUUUAGGGAUUUUCGUGUUCAUCAAGGCUCGCACGGAGGUUUUAGGGCUUUUCCUCUCAGCGAUUUGGCUGGUCCUUUGGAUUUGUUGAAAUCUGAAGCUAUGUGGAACAAUGAUGGUACGCCCUUAGCUCCUCCUGGCACCUACGGUUCGAGGAUGCAGACACCAACACAGCCCGCUGAUCACCCUUCUUACACGGCGCCUUCUAAUCGGAAUCCUCCGACGGAACCUACUUCUGAGGAUGCGGAGGCGAAGCUUGAGAAGAAGGCCAGAACAUGGAUGCAGCUCAAUUCCAAACGGUACGGCGACAAGAGGAAAUUUGGGUUCGUGGAAACUAAGAAGGAGGACAUGCCACCUGAGCAUGUUAGGAAAAUCAUCAGGGAUCAUGGUGAUAUGUCAUCUAAGAAACAUGGACUUGACAAACGUGUAUAUCUUGGAGCACUUAAGUUUGUUCCUCACGCAGUUUUCAAGCUCCUGGAGAAUAUGCCUAUGCCCUGGGAACAGGUCCGGGACGUGAAGGUCUUGUACCACAUCACUGGAGCUAUUACUUUUGUGAACGAGGUACCAUGGGUUGUGGAACCUAUUUACAUGGCUCAGUGGGGUUCUAUGUGGAUAAUGAUGAGAAGGGAGAAGAGGGAUCGUCGUCAUUUCAAGAGAAUGCGGUUUCCACCAUUUGAUGAUGAGGAGCCUCCUCUAGACUAUGCUGAUAACCUACUGGACGUGGAUCCUCUAGAGCCAAUUCAGUUGGAGCUAGACGAGGAAGAAGAUUCUGCUGUAUACUCUUGGUUUUACGACCACAAGCCACUUGUAAAAACAAAACUGAUCAAUGGUCCAAGUUACCAGACGUGGAAUCUCUCACUUCCAAUUAUGUCAACCCUUCACAGGCUUGCAGCCCAGUUGUUGUCUGAUUUGGUUGAUCGCAACUACUUCUACUUGUUUGACAUGCCAUCAUUCUUCACAGCAAAGGCACUGAACAUGUGCAUACCAGGCGGUCCUAAGUUUGAGCCUUUGUAUCGUGAUAUGGAGAAAGGAGAUGAGGACUGGAAUGAAUUUAAUGACAUCAACAAGCUUAUCAUUCGAUCCCCUCUGCGAACUGAGUACCGAGUAGCUUUCCCCCAUCUGUACAAUAAUAGGCCCAGGAAAGUAAAACUCUGUGUCUAUCACACUCCUAUGAUUAUGUACAUAAAGACGGAGGAUCCUGAUCUUCCUGCGUUUUAUUAUGAUCCAUUAGUUCACCCAAUAAGUAACUCGAGUAACACUAAUAAAGAACAUCGCAAAAGUAAUGGUUAUGAUGAUGAUGAGGAUGACUUUGUGUUACCAGAAGGAGUGCAACCUUUGCUGAAUAACUCCCCACUCUACACUGAAACUACAGCUGCUGGCAUUUCAUUGUUGUUUGCCCCUCGGCCUUUCAAUAUGAGGUCUGGGAGGACUCGGCGGGCAGAGGAUAUACCCCUUGUUGCAGAAUGGUUUAAGGAGCACUGUCCUCCAGCAUAUCCUGUCAAAGUUCGGGUUAGUUACCAGAAGCUUUUGAAGUGUUAUGUACUCAAUGAGCUGCACCAUAGACCACCUAAGUCUCAGAAGAAGAAGCACUUGUUCCGAUCUCUUGCAGCUACAAAGUUUUUCCAGAGCACCGAACUGGAUUGGGUUGAAGUGGGUCUGCAAGUCUGCCGGCAGGGAUAUAAUAUGCUGAACCUGUUGAUUCACAGGAAGAAUUUGAACUACCUGCACCUUGAUUAUAACUUUAACCUCAAGCCUGUGAAAACUCUGACAACCAAGGAACGAAAGAAGUCACGUUUUGGAAACGCUUUCCAUCUCUGCCGUGAGAUCCUCCGGGUGACAAAGCUUGUAGUUGAUGCAAAUGUCCAGUUCCGACUUGGUAAUGUUGAUGCCUUUCAAUUGGCUGAUGGCCUGCAAUAUAUAUUUUCCCAUGUUGGGCAAUUGACAGGUAUGUAUCGAUAUAAGUACAGGCUUAUGAGACAAAUCAGGAUGUGCAAGGAUUUGAAACACUUGAUCUAUUACCGUUUCAAUACUGGUCCUGUGGGUAAAGGACCAGGGUGUGGAUUUUGGGCUCCAAUGUGGAGGGUAUGGUUGUUUUUCCUUCGCGGAAUAGUUCCUCUUCUAGAACGAUGGUUAGGGAACCUGCUUGCACGUCAAUUUGAGGGGCGUCACUCAAAGGGAGUGGCCAAAACAGUCACAAAACAGAGAGCUGAAAGCCAUUUUGAUUUGGAGCUUCGAGCUGCUGUCAUGCAUGAUGUCGUUGAUGCAAUGCCAGAGGGUAUCAAGCAAAAUAAAGCGCGGACGAUAUUGCAGCACCUUAAACAGGAACGACAACAUAAUUUUCAGAAAGAUGGUCCAUAUGUCACUGCGGAUGAAGGAAUUGCAAUUUAUAGCACCACUCGUCAUCUUCUCACUCAGCAUAGCUUCAAAGAAGUUGGCAUAGAGUUUAUGGAUCUAUAUAGCCAUUUGAUUCCUACGAAGUUUGAAAAACUCUUUGAGAAGAUUGAUUUUACAGUGUUGAACAGCCUUCUUCGUUUGGUUCUUGAUCCUAAGCUUGCAAACUAUGUGACUGGCAAGAAUAAUGUGUGUUGGCCAAGAGAUGCAAGGAUGAGGUUAAUGAAACAUGAUGUCAAUCUUGGUAGAAGUGUCUUUUGGGAUAUGAAGAAUCGUCUUCCUCGAAGCAUCACAACCUUGGAGUGGGAGAAUGGCUUCGUCUCCGUGUACAGCAAGGAUAAUCCAAACUUGCUUUUCAGCAUGUGUGGAUUUGAAGUCCGCAUGCUUCCAAAAAUCAGGAUGGGCCAAGAAGCUUUCAGCAGCACAACGGAUGGGUCAACAACAUUUACCAAAAUCGUCAAUAAAUGGAAUACAGCCCUGAUAGGCCUCAUGACUUACUUCCGUGAAGCCACUGUACAUACGCAAGAGCUCUUGGAUCUGCUUGUUAAAUGUGAAAAUAAAAUCCAAACGAGGGUUAAGAUUGGAUUGAACUCAAAGAUGCCUAGUCGAUUUCCUCCUGUUAUCUUCUACACUCCAAAGGAAAUUGGCGGGCUUGGAAUGUUGUCUAUGGGUCAUAUUUUGAUCCCACAAAGUGACCUUCGGUACAGCAAGCAGACAGAUGUUGGUCGGGUGUGGGCAGAAUAUGCUUUAAAGAGGCAGGAAGCACAGGCCCAAAAUAGACGUCUAACGUUGGAGGAUCUGGAAGACUCUUGGGAUAGGGGAAUUCCGCGUAUAAAUACGCUGUUCCAGAAGGAUAGGCACACUUUAGCAUAUGAUAAAGCUCUUGGAGGUGUUGAGGGUAUUCUUGAGCACACCUUAUUUAAAGGAACAUACUUUCCAACGUGGGAGGGUCUUUUUUGGGAGAAGGCAUCUGGUUUUGAGGAGUCUAUGAAAUAUAAGAAGCUGACAAAUGCGCAGAGGGCUAAAUUCAUGGAUUACACAACGGACAACAUGUCUAUCUAUCCAUCUCCGACAGGUGUAAUUAUUGGGCUUGAUUUGGCCUAUAACUUGCAUUCUGCCUUUGGGCAACUAUUCCUAAAGGUCAUUCAUACAAGCGUUUGGGCUGGGCAGAAGCGCCUCGGUCAGCUAGCGAAAUGGAAAACUGCUGAAGAGCCAGACAUGUCUGUUGUCACUGAGCCAAAUCACAUCUGGCCCUCUCUCACUGACGGCCAAUGGAUGAAGGUGGAGGUUGCUCUUAGAGAUCUCAUCCUUUCUGACUACGCGAAGAAGAACAACGUGAAUACGUCAGCUCUGACACAGUCAGAGGUCAGAGAUAUAAUACUUGGAGCUGAGAUUACUCCUCCGUCUCAGCAGAGGCAACAGAUAGCUGAGAUUGAGAAACAGGCAAAGGAAGCGAGCCAGCUUACUGCAGUCACAACAAGAACCACAAAUGUUCAUGCUACUAACCUCUACCUCAGGGUCAACCACAUCUACGUGAACUCGGACGACAUAAAGGAAACUGGAUACACCUACAUUAUGCCCAAGAACAUAUUGAAGAAGUUCAUAUGCAUAGCGGAUCUUCGAACUCAAAUUGCUGGAUAUUUAUAUGGGAUAAGUCCGCCGGAUAAUCCCCAAGUGAAGGAAAUCCGUUGUGUUGUGAUGGUGCCGCAAUGGGGAAAUCACCAGCAAGUUCAACUGCCGUCGUCUCUUCCGGAACAUCAGUUCUUGGAUGAUUUAGAGCCCCUGGGAUGGAUGCACACACAGCCUAACGAGCUUCCUCAGUUUUCACCACAGGAUGUGACUUUUCACUCCCGUGUUCUGGAGAAUAACAAGCAAUGGGACGGAGAAAAAUGCAUCAUCCUGACAUGUAGUUUCACUCCGGGCUCAUGCUCUUUGACGUCAUAUAAGCUGACGCAAGCCGGAUAUGAAUGGGGACGGCUGAACAAAGACACAGGCAGCAAUCCCCACGGUUACCUUCCCACCCACUAUGAGAAGGUUCAGAUGCUCUUGAGUGACCGUUUCUUCGGGUUCUACAUGGUUCCUGAGAACGGACCCUGGAACUACAACUUCAUGGGAGUGAAUCACACGGUGGGCAUGAACUACAGCUUGAAACUCGGAACCCCCAAGGAGUACUAUCACCAAGACCAUCGACCCACUCAUUUCCUCGAGUUCAGCAAUAUGGAAGAGGAUGGUGACCUCGAUCGUGAGGACUCUUUUGCUUAAGACGUUUUUUGGAUGUAUGAUGUAAUCAUGUAAAUUAAGUUUGCAAAUUGUU